GUUCUCAGGUCUUUAGUCUUAAAGAUUUCACCUUAUACUCAGCAUGAGCAUAUUUCCAGUUCAGAGAUCACAGGAAAGCAUUUUCACUUCCAAGAUCACCUAAAUUAUACCUUGUUCUGCUACAUCAAUUCUGGGCAAUGUUUCCUUCACCUUGAACUUAUUUCUCAUUUGAUUACUUUUCCUGUCACUUACCUCACUGUUGCAAAACUUCCUUUUCUUUUCUUCAAAUAAUGCAAUAUCUGUUCUAGCCUUUAUCCAAGCAGAGCUCUUUCUGCUCCAUGUGCAGAUUCUGUAACAUUAUAUAAAAGUCAUGACUAUCUUCUUAUUUGAAAUUUUUUUCUUGCAAAUGCUUAAUAUACACGUCAUACUCUUUAUAAUCUUCUUCCUUGAAAACAUUCUCAUCUGCAUGAAAAUCUCAGAAUCUGGAUCAUAUUUGUUUUUUUCCACUUUUUUCUAUCAUUGACAUAAGAGGCUACCAAAACUUGGCUACCAUCUAUUCCUUAAGAAGAUAAUUGAAAAAGACAUUCUUGGGUUAUAAAUCUAAAAACAGACUGGGAGAUUAUUUACAUAUCAAAGAAGCAGAGAAAGAAUUUCUAAUUGCAAAUUUUCCAAAGCAAGUGAUUUAGGAAAACAGGGGUUAGGAGAAAAUGUCAGGAAGAAACCUGUCUAAAAUUUAGCCAUAUUGAUCAAGAAUCUGUGAAGAUGGAAUUGGUCUCUCAGUUUGGUAGGCCAAAGGUAAAUCUGAUAUAUUCUUUUUUGUCUCUUGGGUAAUCUAAAUAAUGUCCUCAGAGAAGUGUCUGGUGAAUUACUGGAAUAGAAAGGACGCUUGAAAGAUAGUUUCUUCUCAGCAGCCCAGUGAUGCUCAUUUAUGAAAUGUUCACUAUGAACAUUUUGCAAUUAUGCUAAAUUCAUAAAUUUCUUUGGUAAAAACAGAUUUUAAAAAGGAAAUAGAGUAGAUUUGUGAAAAAGAUUUGGAUGGGCCUCAAAAGGCCUGUAUUCUCAAAGUUUUUGAAAUGGGUUUUCUAUGGGAUCCAAGAUUGUUGUAAAAUCAAGAUCAUAUACAUGAUUUCAUUUUUAAAAAAUCUAUAAUUUGCAAAGUUUGACAAUUGCCCAAAAGUUUCAAUUUUGUAUCUUACAGAUGAGGAAAGAGAUGAAAAGAAAUAAUGAUUGACCAAAGUCUGAUGGUUAUGGUUACAUAUUUUGGAUAAAACAUACCAAGUGGGCUGUGACCAACCUGUUACCCCUUCUAUGCCAUUAUCGAUGAUCGUAUGUACUAAAAGGUUUGAAAAACUAUACUCAGAGAUACAUAAUUCUUCCACAAUAUCUGAAAAGGCAGAAUACAGUACAAAGGAAAACAAAGCAGCUAGAAUUAAAGAGCACUAUGAUGUUUUUGAUCCAUGGAAAGCCUGUAUAAAGCUUAAUGGUCAAUGUAAAAAUCAAUGUGGUGAAAAUGAAUUUAAGAUGUCGUACUGUGCAAGACCUGAAACUCUUUGCUGCUUGAAAGAAUGCGACCCUGUCGAGUAAUUGAAGAGACUCAUUCACAAAAAACACCAACAAAGGAUUUCUUAUAAUAAAAAUACCUCAAGUGCUUAA